UGUUUUGGCAGGCAACUUCACCUAAAUUGGUUGGAAAAGCUAAAAUCAGUUGUGGCAAUUGCUCUUAUCAAAAGCUUUUGACUCAAUGAAACAAAAGUCUGGCAUGCUACCUAACUGACAAUAAGUCAUGAGAAAUUCAUUUCCCAGCAAUUAUGGGAUGGGUUUUUCCCCUCCCCCCACGAAUAAAGAACCGACAAAUGCUGCAUAUACUGAUACAAACUCAAUAUCACACCAGAUACCACUAAAAAGUUCUGUUCAAUGGCUGAAGUUUCAUUUAUCUGUAAACGAACGGUGAGCAGCACUAAACCAGUGCAAGCUGGACAAUUCAGCCCUCUAUCAAUUCUUGAUCGAGUAAUGGAACAUAAUCAUCUUCGUGUAGUGUUCUAUUAUAGUCUUCAAACAAGGAGAAGGGCUGGAGAACUGACUAAGAAGCUUAGAGAAUCGAUAUCUGCUAUGCUAUCUGCUUUUCCAGUAGUUACAGGACGACUGUUGAGGACGUCAGAAGGAGACUGGACGAUCAAAUGCAACGAUUCAGGGGUAAGAAUGGUAGAAGCAAGAGUGGAAGGGACCAUUGACGAGUGGCUGAAGAAUGUGGAUAGAGAAAAAGAGCUCAAGCUAGUUCACUGGGAGGACAUGUUUCACAGGCCAUACUUCUGGUCUACCUUUUAUGUUCAGAUCACUGAAUUUGAGGGUGGUGGACUAGCAAUAGGUUUGAGCUGCACACAUCUACUCUCUGAUCCUACUUGCGCGGCCAUGAUGAUCAAAGCAUGGGCUGAUGUGACGCUGCAUGGUGAGAUUAUAGCUCCACCUUUCUUCCACCCCUUGCCACCUCCAAGAACAGGAAAAAAGAACAGAAACUUUCACUCGAUCAACCACUAUAAAUCAGCUAAAGAAAAUUCAGUUCAAGCAUCCGAAACAAAACAAACGACUAUUACACUAAAUUUCAAUCAACAAAUGGUAAAAAUUUGCAUUGCCAUGGCUAGAGCUACAAAUGCACAUAACUCUGAACAGAGCCUGACCCCAUUUGAAGCCCUGGCUGCUCUAUUCUGGACACGUAUCAGCAAGGUAAAGGGAAUGAAGAGUGCCUUAGUCGACAUGUCUUUAUGUUUGGACGUGCGGAAAGUGCUAGGCUUGGAGAAGGGCUUCUUUGGGAACUGCAUGGUUUAUAACAGGGUGAAGGGAGAUGGAAUACAAGAAACUGACCUAUCUAGAGCUGCCGGUUUUAUCAAAGAAGCGGUUUCAAAGACAGAUAGAGAUGAGGUUAUGGACUUGAUUGAGUGGUUGGAACAAGAAAACUGGGAAAAGAAUCCUUCAUGCAUGAAUGGUUCAUGUUUGAUAUGUGCCAAUUUGGAGAACGUGGACUCAUAUUCUGCAAUCUUUGAGGAGAAUUCAAGCCCACUUCGUGUGUCGUACUAUAUUGAGCCAGUGGCUGGAGCAGGGCAGAUACUUAUCCUUCCAUCACCAGGAGGCGACGGGGCAUGCAGUAGAGUGGUCUCGGUCACACUUCCAGAAGUUGAAGCUGAAAAGCUUCUUGAAGAUGGAUUGAUUAAGCAAUUUGGUCCAACCAUUUGGAUGGGGUUGAACAGAAACCUCUCUUAGAUGGAAUGAGGUAAGGACCAAAGAGGUCGAAAUUCUUCGGUAUGAAGUAAUUUGCAACGAAAUGAAGUGAUGUUUAUGUGCAUCAAACUGAUACAAUUAAUGUCCAUAAAGUGUGAAGUAAGCCAAGAACUAGUACUAGAGAUGAGAUGCUUGAUUGAGUUCCUGCUGUAGUUUCACUUUCAUGAGCAGAGAGAUAAACAAAUAAGCUCAAACAUUUGCACUAGUUAAUUCUUUUCAGAGGCAUUAAAAUCAUUGCUUAGUCUCGGAUAUAU